UUUGAAAAAAAAAACUGAAGCAGGACACGAACCUGACAUGUUUGGCGGUUCCUGCCAACUCUACUACCUGCCCUAACCUGCGCAUCACCUCAUUCUCUCUCGCUCUGUGUCAUUUCGUAUCUAUGAAUCGAGUACUUCAAUUAGGGUUGAAGAACUUCAUUCCUCUAUCGAGUUUUGCAGCAAUUCCAGGAAGUUUUAGAAGACCAACGUUGGUUUCUUUGAGAGUGAGUGGAAUGGGAUCUAAGAGACUCCUUUCGGAUUCAACAGCACCACAAUCGGCUUCUAUGGAAGACAAGAAAGAGAAGAGGUUGAAAGGAUUGAUGGGUACCGGCGACAAUAUAGAAAAUGUUGUGGGCAGAAAAUUGGUUGACAUUCAGAGAAUCAGAGAAGAUCCGGCAAGGAUAGAGGCAAUGACUGUUCAAGAACUUAGGAGUACAUUGAGGAGUAUUGGAGUUCCUGCUAAAGGUUGCAAACGUGAUCUUGUGUCUGCUUUAAAGUGUUUUCUGGACAAAGAGAUGGAUGGUGAAGGUUCACCAGUAGCAGAGGUGCAAGCAUCCUCCAUUUGUGUGGAGAAAACAACACUCAAAGAGCAGGCUAAGAAUUUAGCUAAUGACCAUGUUCAAGAGAUCGAUAUUAUUUCGGAUGUUUCAUUAUUUCAACAGUCCAAAAGAAGUGUGAAACGAUCUCCUUCUGGUCAUAAGACUGCCCAAGUUGAUGGUAAUGUUGUCAAGAAGAAACAAAAGCUGACAAUUAACAAAGAUGAGGCUUCAGGCAGGAAGGCCUCUCUGGAAAGCAAAAAAGUAUCAUCUGAUAUUUUUGUCGAAAAUGGUGAGGAUGAUUGUGAAGUUCUUCCCAUUGAUCGAGUUGAACCAUGGACGAUUCUUGCCCACAAGAAACCUCAGAAAGGGUGGAUUGCAUAUAAUCCUGGAAGCAUGAGGCCUCCACCUCUUAGUGGGGAUGCAAAGUUCGUGAAGCUUAUGUCAUGGAAUGUCAAUGGGAUAAGAGCAUUACUGAAGUUAGAGGGAUUCUCUGCGCUUCAACUUGCCCAAAGGGAAGAUUUUGAUAUCUUGUGCUUGCAGGAGACCAAAUUGCAGGAGAAGGAUGUUGAAUCAAUUAAACAUUGUCUCAUUGAUGGGUACGACAACAGCUACUGGACAUGUAGCAUUUCCAAGCUCGGCUAUUCUGGCACGGCAAUCAUCUCUCGAGUAAAGCCACUUUCAGUCACGUAUGGCCUAGGCAUGCCAGAUCAUGAUAGUGAGGGGCGGCUUGUGACAGCAGAGUUUGAUUCAUUUUUUUUGUUGUGCGCAUAUGUUCCUAAUUCUGGAGAUGGCUUGAGAAGAUUGUCAUACAGGACAACACAAUGGGAUCUAUCUCUCAGUGAGUACAUGAAAGAGCUGGAAAAGUCUAAACCUGUCAUUUUGACUGGGGAUCUUAAUUGUGCUCAUGAGGAGAUUGAUAUAUAUAAUCCCGCUGGAAAUCGACGAAGUGCAGGGUUUACAGAUGAAGAAAGGCGAUCAUUUGCUACAAACUUCUUAUCGAGGGGAUUUGCGGAUACGUUUAGGAGACAGCAUCCUGAUGUUGUUGGCUAUACCUAUUGGGGUUUUCGACAUGGUGGUCGUAAAACCAAUAAAGGUUGGCGGCUUGACUACUUCCUUGUGUCAGAGUCCAUAGCUGACAAAGUUCAUGACUCGUACAUUCUUCCUGACGUAGCCGGUAGUGAUCAUUGUCCUAUCGGCCUUAUUCUCAAGCUUUAGUUUUGCUACCAGCUUCUUAGAGCUAGAGGGGUCGAGAACAAUUUGCUGGAGAAUCAGUGAUGGAAAGAAAUGACCUCCAGCUAGCCUGCUAUUGCAUUAGGGUUUGUCAUUUUUGGUUCACAGCCGGAAUUAGGGUGUGUUGAAGGUUGUAGUAAUUCCAUAGGAGUGAGAUUUUUGGCAAGAUUGAGCUUGGUGUACGUUGAUUGGCUAAAAGGAUUUUGUAGGAGUAAUGUGUUUUGAAUUGUUUUAAGAUGUUAACCUUUCUAUAAUAUAUAUAUAUAUGUCUAU